AUUUACGGUGAUCAAACGUAUGUCAUAACCGCUGAAAAAUUCAACUGUAGAGAAAUGCCUACUGUGUAUACAAAAAAAUGCCCUUCGCGAGGUAAAUGGACCGAGGAAAUGCUGCGUACUGCUGUACAAAGUGUUUCUGAUGGAACAGAUAUUAAUGAAGCCGCGAGAAUAUAUAAUAUUCCACUUCGAACCUUAAAACGACGCAUUGAAAAGAAAAAUUUUACCAAAGGAAGAAUGGGACCAGCUAGUUUGUUGGGCGAGGAGGGAGAAAAGAAAAUGGUUCAGCAUAUAAAACGGUUACAAGAACGAGGAUUUACUCCUACAAGGCUAGAUGUUAGAGAGAUGGCAUUUAGAUUAGCGGAAAAAUUGAAAAUACCUCAUAAAUUCGAUUCUGAAAAACAGCUUGCAGGUUACGAUUGGCUAGCAUCUUUCUUACGGAGGAAUCCUGAAUUGUCGGUAAGGAAAGCAGAAGGAUUGUCUAGACAGCGAAGUCUUGGUAUGAACAAAAAUAUUGUACAAAAUUAUUUCCAAUUGCUUAAGAACAUUUUGGAGGAACAUAAUUUGUUUAAUAAGCCAUCCAAUAUAUACAAUAUGGACGAGAGCGGUCUUCAGCUAAACAACAGACCUGGUGAGGUAAUUGCUGGAAAAGGAUCAAAAGUGGUGACUGCUUUAACUGCUGCAGAAAAGGGCGAGACCAUUACUGUGGUAGCUUGCUGCAAUGGAGAGGGCACUUUCCUACCACCAGCGUGUAUUUUCAAAGGAAAGAACAAGAAAGCGGAAUUUGAAGAUGGAAUGCCUGCCGGAUCUGUUGUUUAUAUGUGCCAAAAGUCUGCUUAUAUUAAUUCAGACAUAUUCUUAGAAUGGCUCAAAACUCACUUCCUACCGCGGAAACCUGCAGGGAAGGUACUUUUACUAUUGGAUGGCCACGCUUCCCAUUGCAAUUCCAUAGAAACUCUAUCAUUUGCAGAAGAACAUGAUAUAAUUCUGCUAUGCUUACCGCCGCACACCACUCACUACCUUCAGCCACUUGACCGAGCAUUCUUCAAGUCAUUAAAAUCUGCUUUCUACCAAGCGUGCAAUGUUUGGGUGAAAACGAAUGCUGACAGGAGAAUAACUCGACUGGUGUUUGGAAAGCUGUUAAAUAUCGCCUGGGGGAAGGCAGCGUCUGUUCAGAACGGAACUUCUGGUUUUAAGGCGACAGGUAUCUCUCCGUAUAAUCCGGACAGUAUUCCUGACUACGCUUACACAACUGGCCCUGAAGAUGCAGAAGGUGAUAAAUUAGAUUUAGAACAACCUCAAAGGUCCAGUCCACAACCAUCUACAUCUCAAGAAAUUCCGCAAAACGAAGAACCUCGUUCAGCACCCCAAAUUCACCCAGAUCCUAUUGAUGAAGCUGAAAAGCUGACGCCUGGGAAAGCGUUAACUAUUGUUGCACCCGUUCCAAGUGUGGCAGUUCUAAAUGUAACAAAAAGAGCACGAAAGGUAGCUGAGGAACUCACCAGCCCAGAAAAUAUAGAAAAACGCCGUAAGAUACAACAGGCAAAAAACGACGCCCUUUUAAAAAAGAAAAGUUCGACAAAAGGCAAGAGGAAACCGUUAUCAGUUUCUGUAAAAGGCAAAAUGAGUGCAUCUACAGUUCCAAAGGGGAGGAAGGCACUCUCUGACUCAAGCGAUGGUGAAUCCGAUAUAUCAUUGCAUGACAGCAGUACAAACGAAGAAAACGAUGAUGACACAGCAUGCACAGGAUGUGGCGAACAGUAUCACACAACUAAAAAAAAAGAAGAUUGGAUCAAGUGCCUUCACUGCGAGAAUUGGCUGCACGAAGGUUGUUCCAAAUUUGAAAAUUUGUGCGAAUACUGCGCAAAACUCCUCUUAAAAAAGAAAAACUAAUGAUGGCAUCUCACCCAAAUGGUAAUGGCAUCUCUCCCACAGUGCGUGGGUGAGAUGCCCCAAAUGAU